UCGGGUAACCUUCUGAUUAUUCGGAGUGGUUUCGAGGUACAGAGGACUAGAUUAGGAUGUUGUUGUCCGGUUUUCUCCUGUGCCUUGGUGUUGUCGGGGCCCUGGGCCUGCCGACAGUCGUUCCAAACCGCCCAAGGCCUGUUGGAGGCGGCGGCGCCCAGGGUGUGCCCACGGGGAUACCACAUCAGCCGCCGUGCCAGGAGUCCCAUGGUUCAGAUGGAUGCUGGAAGUACGGAGUGUUCUGUGUCGAGGGGGAAGCCAUAGCCUGGGACGACUGGGAAGACUGUAACAAGUGUUCAUACCAGGGACAACUGUACGAGCCUGGGCAGACGUUCAGCACCGGAGCUGAGGAGUGUGUCUGUCCGGAUGAGGAUGGGGUGAACUAUGGAGGAACGUACAGAGAACCUGUCUGCACCCUGGUUGGACCAGUCCCCCCGACCCCCACACCUGUCGUGCCCACCACAGUGUCCAGCUGCCAGCCCUGGUCGCAGGCGUACGGCUGCUGGGUCAUCGGGGGAGCAUGUGUGCACGGACAGGAGGUCAUAUGGACAGACUGGAGCAGAUGUCCCAACUGGCUGAAGAAGAAGGUUGAAAGUAGAGGCUUCAAAAUCAACAGCAUUGAGACCUCAGAGAUAAACUGAAGACAGCACAUUUACGUCCUGGUGACACACAUGUAUUUACCGUUUCUAUCUCGGGAAAUAAUAGACUAAUACAGUGCAAUGAUGAUGACAGUACAAUUUUACAAAUGCUGUUUAUUGGUAAAUAGAAGUGCAGUCAAAGCAUUACAAACUCAUAGCGCUUUAACGGCUCUGAUACAUGUAUAAGUCAAAAGAUAAAAUUUAUCAUGAUUUUUUAAAGAACAUUAAACACGCUUUACAAAAA